GAGAGGAGGGACUGUGAUUUCAGCAGCAGGCAGGCAAGCUUACCUCCAGCAGCAAGCCUCAAAACACAGCCUGGCCUUGAUUUUAGUCUGGAAAAUUUCUCACACUAUUAUCUUGUUGUAUGAAUGAACACCUCUUAAACUGGGACAAUGGUUGGACUCUCAUCCACUGCUGUGGAGGCAAUGGAGCUGCUGGUGAGUGAGCUGAAUGCCCUCCUAAAGUUACUGGAUCAGGAGACCUUAAGCUCAUCAGCCCAGGAGAAGAAGACCUCUGUCUGGAACCUACUGAAGCAGAUACAACCAUCAGUUUCAGGUACAGACUACAUCUACAUGAACUCAGCAGUAUACAGAAAUGGCACCAGUUUUGUUGAGUCCCUCUUUGAGAAGUUUGGCUGUGAGCUUGGAGACCUCAAGGAUGUUCCAGAUGAUUUAAAACUAGAAAAAGACACACAAUCUGAGACUUUAAAUGAGAACUGUGGAAACACCUCAGCUGUGCAUUCAGCAGACUCUCCCCCGCCUCUGCCCACAACACCACCCCCAGAGGAUUAUUAUGAGGAGGCAGUGCCACUGAGUCCGGGCAAGAUGCCUGAAUACAUCAUCACAAGAGUUCGACCUAGCCCUCCCAACUCCAUAGAGGACGGAUAUGAAGAUGCAGACAGCAACUACCCCACCACCCGCAUCAACUCGCAGCGCAAAAACUCCUAUAAUGAUUCUGACGCUCUGAGUAGCUCCUAUGAGUCGUAUGAGGAAGACGAGGAAGAGAGGAGCCCCGGUACGCAACUCACACAUCAGUGGCCCUCGGAUGAGAGCUCCAUGCCUCCUACCAGGGACUGUCGCAUUUGUGCCUUCCUGCUCCGCAAGAAACGCUUCGGCCAGUGGGCCAAACAGCUCACGGUCAUACGAGAGAAUCGAUUACAAUGUUACAAGAGUUCCAAAGAUACAUGCCCCUAUGUGGACCUGCUGCUGCCCCAGUGCACUGUGGUUUACGCACCUAAAGAUAGCAAGCGGAAGCAUCAUGAACUCCGGUUCACCCUACCCAAUGGAGAUGCUUUGGUGUUGGCUGUGCAGAGCAAGGAGCAAGCAGAUAGAUGGCUCAGGGUCGUCAGAGAGGUGAAGGGUCAAUGCACUGGACCGGAGAUAUGCCCGUCUCCAGUCAUUCUGAGGAAAACCGAACUUGACAAGGUGAGUCAAAAGAGAUUGUCUGCAGAGAGGAACAAUUCAGAUUCAGACAGUGUUGGCGUAUCAACAGGGGAGAACGCCCGAGAAAACGGUAAAGUGAAGCGCGGAGCCUUAGCUGCGGGUCGAAAGAUCACACGGAUCAUCAGCUUCUCAAAGAAGAAGACUUCGCGGACAGCCUACAAUGACCCUCGACAAGGUUAUCUUUCAGUGCUCGUCAAUCAAGAAUGGCAGGAGCAUUGGUGCUGUGUGUGCAGAGGCUUCCUGCACUUCUACCAUGAGAGAGGCGAUCAUCAGACGUCCUUGCCCUCACUCCCACUACACGGCUGUGAGGUGGUGCCAGGCCUAGGACCCAAGCAUCCAAUUGCCUUCAGAAUUUUGCGAGCAAGUACCACUGUGGCUUCACUUGAGGCAGCCAACUCUGAGGACCUCGGGAGAUGGCUCGGGGUUCUCCUGGCAGAAACUGGCUCCGCAACGGAUCCAGAGUCUCUGCAUUAUGACUGCGUGGACUUGGAGACCAUCGCUAAUAUCCGCAAUGCUGCGCGCCAUUCAUUCCUGUGGGUCACAUCGUCCGGAAGUAACACAGACUCCAGAACAUAUGAUGAGGUCCCUAAUGAGGAUAUCCAGUCGAUGGAUAACUGCCGGCAGCAGUGUGGGAAUCAAGGGAAACGGCGCUCCAGUUUCUCCAGCAGUGAUUCUGACAAAACAAAGUCAUUAAACUCCCUCAAACGAACAGAUUCUAACCAGUAUGCAAGGUAUGGUAAAACGCGAGCGGAGGAGGAUGCCAAGCGUUAUCUGAAAGAAAAAGAAGACUUAGAAAGAGAGAAGGAUGAAAUUCGGAAUACGCUCUCAAACCUCCGACGGGAGAAGAAAGAGCUGAAGGAACAGCUGCAAACAGCUUGUGAGAAGAGAGGUCUCCUCAUUAACCAGCGUGUGUCCCAGCUGGAAGAGGCCUGUCGUGUGAAGGAAGCAGCACGAGUGGACCUGGAGCUGCGACUGUCCCACGUCAAAGAAAACAUCAAGAAAAGUCUGGCAGGUGGAGCACUGGGAGCACCCGUGGAGCGUAUCCCUCCUGUCACGGGGUCCAGAAAGAAGACACAAAAUAUCUACAGUGAGAGUUUACCAGUAAACUGUGCUUCUGAGAUGCGCAAGAGGCCUCCUUCUGUGUAUGCUUCAACUUCAGGAACUGUCAUGCAGAAGGCAAAGGAAUGGGAAUCCAAGAAAGGAACUUAAAUGCAUUGUUGUGAGAAGGAAGUACUUCAAAUUAAAUCUAACAAAUGGAUGCAAAAGUUGCAGAUAAGUUACCACCUGCUUUUUGGAGCAAGAUAUCCCAAUGGGCAAUGUUGUAAUGAAAGUAAACAGCCGCUAGGUGGAGGUACUUCAUCUGCAAAGUUCUUAUCCUCCAAGUACUUGACGUUACAGAAAUCCAAAGUGUCAAUUACAAAUUGUCUGCCUUAAUGCAGAAAUCAGAAUGGUAAGCACAGAUAAAGUAUUUAGGGUAUCUGAACGUUGGAAAGCAGUGUGAAUGAAUGUCAAUGUAAAAUUGUGUUGGGUCAAGCGUUGCAUUCAGAGUUAAUGUUUUUUAUUGGAGUAAAACAUCCUUGUGAAUGUGAUGUACGUAUUGUGAUAAGAUGACAGGAGGUCGAUAAAGCCGCAGUGUGCCUUUUGAUUACUGUUUUGCUAUUUUUUUUUUCUUGACUUCUGUUUACUGCAUCCGUUGAGUAUAGUCCAGGUCCCUGUUAAAAUAAGACAUACCCUUCUGCCAUCUUUUAAAGAGUGUCAUUUUCUAGUUGUGCUUUUAGUUCCAGUUCUAAACAUAUCAUAAAUGAACUGUAGAUGGGCAAGUGAGCUAUUCAUCAGAAAAUGCAAAGAUUUACCACAAUCCAGUCCAAGUGGGAGGCUCUCACCUUUUUCAUUUGCCUGUAAAACCUAUCGUUGGUUGACUUUUGCACUUUACGAUUCUCUCACCUGGGUGUCUAAAUAAAUAUGGAUUUUUAUUUAAAGCCAUGUAAUUUGUAUUAAUAACAUUCCAAUGCUGAUCCAAUUUAAUAAAUAUAUCACAUUUUAAAUGUAUUUGUUUUUGUUUAACCACUGUUACUGUAUUUCCACCUUUAUCAUUGUUCACAUUCCUCCCUGUUCAUGACAUUA